GCCUCCUCUUCCACCUCCUCCUCCUCCUCCUCCUCCCCACCGGCGGUAACCGAGCUGAUACUGCUGGAGCCCCGUGAUGUGGUUUGGUGUGGGGGAGGAUAGCGACUACCAGCCAGAUAAACACUCAGCAUUGGUUUGCAGAGCAGGAGUAACAUGGCGGCACAGUUAGCCAGCAGAAAUGUUGUUUCACUACCGCGAAGGUCAGAGCCGCAUCGCUUAAACGGAAUUUAACAGGCGAGGACACGGCCAGAAGUCUCGGGAUUCCAGGGAGAAGUGGAUGAUGCAUAAAGGUUUCCUAGCAUUAUCGUCUUGCAGCAAUGGCCUGAGGGACUCUCUGGACUGAAACCAAGACGCUGAUAUGCAUUGAGGAUGAGCGGAGUUGGUGAAAACCCAUCUGACCCUGCGAGGGCAGAGUCCAGAAAACGCAAAGAAUGUUCCGGCGAACUUCUAGGACCCAGUCCCAAGCGGAGCAACGAGAAGCGUAACCGCGAGCACGAGAACAAAUACAUCGAGGAGCUCGCCGAGCUGAUCUUCGCCAACUUCAACGACAUCGACAACUUCAAUGUCAAACCUGACAAAUGUGCAAUCCUGAAGGAAACUGUGAAACAAAUCAGACAAAUAAAGGAGCAAGAAAAGGCUGCAGCAGCAAAUGAAGAGGAGGUACAGAAAGCCGAUGUCUCAUCAACAGGCCAAAGUGUGAUUGACAAAGAUGCCUUGGGACCAAUGAUGCUGGAGGCCCUGGAUGGCUUCUUCUUCGUGGUGAACAUGGAGGGCAACAUUGUUUUCGUGUCGGAGAACGUGACCCAGUACCUGCGCUACAAUCAGGAAGAGCUGAUGAACACGAGCGUCUACAGCGUGCUUCACGUCGGGGAUCAUGCCGAGUUCAUCAAGAACCUGUUGCCUAAGUCUCUUGUGAAUGGCGUGCCGUGGUCCAGCGAGGGUCCGAGGAGGAACAGUCACACGUUCAACUGUCGAAUGUUGGUCAAUCCGCACAGCGAGAGCCAGGACGAGUCGCACGAGCACGAGCCGCAGCAGCAGAAAUACGAGACUAUGCAGUGUUUCGCCGUUUCGGAGCCCAAGUCCAUCAAGGAGGAAGGAGACGACUUCCAGUCGUGCCUGAUCUGCGUGGCCCGCAGGGUGCCCACCAAGGAAAGGCCGAUGCUUCCCACCCAUGAAAGCUUCACGACACGCCAGGACCUACAAGGUAAGAUAACGUCCCUGGAUACCAGUCUGCUGCGAGCCUCUAUGAAGCCGGGCUGGGAAGACCUUGUGAGGCGCUGCAUCCAGCGGUUCCACCUACAGAAUGACGGGGAGAUGUCUUUCGCCAAGAGACACCAGCAGGAAGUGCUCCGCCACGGCCAGGCGUUCAGCCCCAUCUACCGGUUCUCCCUCUCGGACGGGACCAUCGUGUCGGCGCACACCAAGAGCAAGCUGGUGCGCUCACCUGCCACGAACGAACCUCAGCUCUACAUGUCCCUGCACAUUCUGCAGAGGGAGCAAACGGUGUGUGGAAUGGGCCAGGACAUGGGCCCUGGCAGUCAGGCCACGGGGAUGGCUUCAAAACCAAUGAACUCCUCCACUCCCUCCAUGACUCCUCCCACCCCGGGCUCUCUGCCGGGAUCGGGGCCUCAGGGCCAAGACACUACCAUCAGCAGCAACAGCACGCCUUUCUCCCCUCCCGGCCCCGCCGGACCCCGAGAGCCGGCGGCCAUGGGGGGCCAUAUGCAGGGCUACCGCUUCGGCUGCCCCCCGCCACACAACCACACCGGGGGCAUGCAGCCGCCGCAGCAAGGCCCCAACUGGAGAAUGAACAGCCCCUCCCGGGCCAGCCCCAGCCCGGCCGGGGGGCCGCAUCCACCUCAGCAGAACUCGAUGCUGUCGCCCCGGCACCGGGGGAGCCCCGGUGGGGCGGGCAGCCCCCGUGUAGCAGGAGGCCUGCAUUCGCCCUCUCCAGUAGGGAUGUGUGGCGGCGGCGGCGGGCCCGGAGCAGCGAGCAGCAGUGCAGCCAGCACCCACACUAACAGCUACACAAGCAGUUCCCUCUCUGCCCUGCAGGCGCUCAGUGAGUGCCACGGUGUUGGACACGGACACGGGCCCCCUCAUGCACAUACACUCGGGUCUCCCGACCGUAAGUUAGGCUCCCCGGUGGGGGUCACGCCGGGUUCAGGGGUAAAUCCUCAUCUGAUGUCAAAACUUGGCGGAGGCGGCGCCGCCAGCGGCGGCACCGGGGACUCGUUUGGGCCGCACUCAGAGGUGAAUCAGGGACACACACAGGGCCAAACGGAGAGCGGCCUCACUGAGCCCAAGGAGGAGCGGGAGGGUCCUCUGGAGGGCCACGAUGCUCUCAAAGGCGUGCACGACAACAAGGGCCACACCAAGCUAUUGCAGCUGCUCACCACCAAGCCAGAGCCUCUGGAAACGCCCCUUUCCCCCGGCGCAGGGGGCGAGGGCAAGGACCAGGCCGGGACGGGGGUCCGGGCCGGCCACGCCGGGGGGAACACUCACGCCACGUCCCUCAAAGAAAAACACAAAAUCCUCCACCAACUGCUUCAGAACAGUACAUCUCCUGUGGACCUUGCCAAACUGACUGCGGAGGCGACAGGCAAAGAGCUGGGCCAAGACCAAACGCAGGGGGCGGGCAGUACGGCGACGGGGGCCGAGAUUACUCCGAAACAGGAGCCAUUGAGCCCCAAGAAGAGUAACAACAAUGCCCUGCUACGCUACCUACUGGAUAAGGACGACACUGUAUCAAAAGACAAGGUCCCCAAACUAGAGGCCGGGGAAGUGAAGGUGGAAGGAGGCAAACACCCGCAGGUCAAGGCCGAGAAGCCAGACGCAGGAUACGACCGGGCCGAGCAGUCGUCGGAGCUGGACGACAUCCUGAAUGACCUGCAGAACGCCCAGCCGCAGCUCUUCUGCGAGCCCCGUCCCGUCUCGCUGCCCAGUCCGAUGGACAAGCAGAACAUCAUCAAUGACAUCCUCCAGAUGUCCGAGACCAAUCCCGCCAUGGCGGCGCAGCAGCAGCACAGAGGCCUGGGGCCUGCCAUGGGCCCCAACAAUUUCGGAGGCGUGCGAGCCGGACAGCCAGGCAGAGGUCUCCCCGUCAGGAGUGUGUCUCUGGACAUCAACGCGUCCCCGCAGCAGCCCUCAUUACAGUACCCCAUCAGAGCCACCAGCCCGUACACACUGGUGCAGCAGCAGCAGCAGCAGCAGCAGGGCCUGGUGGGAAGCCACGGCAUGAUGGGUAACCAGGCCGGAAUGGUCAAUGCAGGUCUGAUGGCUCCAGGUGGUCCGCGGCCCAGCAUGCAGCAGCAGCAGCAGCAGCAGCAGGAGGGAUGGGUGGGCUCGGCGUCCGCCCCUCCACUGGGCGCCUCCGGCCAGCAGAACGCCAUGCAGGGCCGGAUGGGACCGAACGGGGCCCCCAUGAGGCCCAGCAGCCAGCCGGGGCCUCGGCCGAUGCUCCAGUCCCCGAUGAUGGCCAGCGGUGAGAGCUCGGUCCACAGCAGGAGCAUGAGCAAAGGCCAACCCGACAUGGAUAUCGGGAUGGUCGGCCACCAUUUCUCCCAGCAGCAGGCUCCGCCCAAUCAGACGGCGCCGUGGCCGGACAGCAUGAUGCCGAUUGAGCCGACCGCUUUUGUAAAUCAGGGCAGGUCGGCGCCUCAGGAGGAGCUGCUGUGCGCCGCGGGGCUCGGUUCAGGGGAAGGCAGCGCAGUGGAUGAGGGAGCCCUGAUGUCGCAGCUCUACACCGCGCUCAAAGAUUUUGACGGCCUGGAGGAGCUCGAUCGGGCUCUGGGGAUCCCAGCGUUGGUGGAACAGAGUCAGACGCUCGAGCCGGACCAGUUCCCCCAAGACCCCUCCAUGAUGCUGGACCAGAAGCCCCCCAUGUACACGCAGCAGUUCGGCCCCCCGCCGUCCCACAUGGCACAGAGAGGCUACCCUGGAGCGCCCAUGCAGGAGCCGGGCUUCCACCCCAUGGCGGGCCAGAUGGGCCCGCGGCCCGGCUACCCCAUGAUGAGGAUGCAGGCCCGGCCGGGGAUCAGGCCCACGGGGGUCGUCCCCAACCAGCCCAACACACUACGACUGCAGCUCCAGCACCGGCUCCAAUCACAGCAGAACCGUCAACCAAUGAUGAAUCAGAUGAGCGGUGUGUCAAAUGUGAACCUACCUCUUCGAGCCAGUGCUCCAAACCAGGGAACCAUCAACGCGCAGAUGCUGGCGCAGCGUCAGCGGGAGCUGCUGAGCAACCACCUGAGGCAGCGGCAGCAGCAGCAGCAGCAGGUGCAACAGGCCCAGCAGGUCCAGCAGCAGCGGAGCAUGGCCAUGAGGGCCCAGGGCCUCAACCUGCCCCCCAACAUGGCCGCCGGAGGCAUGAGUAACCCCCGGAACCCCCAGGCCAACCCCCAGCAGUUCCCCUACCCGCCCAGCUACGGUACCGGUACAGGCCUGGCCUCGUCACCCCCCCCUACCAGCCCCUUCUCCUCCCCUCUCUCCCCCAGCCUGCCCUCUCUCCCCCCGAACCCCCAGCUCCACCUGCAUGGCACCUCCUCCUCCUCCUCCACCUCCUCCUCCUCCUCACAGAUGAUGAUGGGAAACACAAACAUGAUGGGCGGACAGUACGGGGCCGUACUCAGCCCCCAAAUGCAGCACAGUGCCUUUCAGUUUCCCAACUCAGGUAUGAGCCAACAGGCGGACGGAGGUUUCGGAGGUCCCGGCACGCCGCAGAGCCCCCUGCUGUCCCCCCGCAUGGCCCACGCGCAGUCCCCCAUGAUGCAGCAGGGCCAGCAGAACGCCGCCUUUCAGGGGUCGCCCGACUUGAACGGCUGGCCGCAGGGCAACAUGGGAGGCAACAGCAUGUUCUCGCAGCAGCAGGCGUCCCCGCAGUUCACCCAGCAGAACAACAGCAACAUGUACAACGGCAACGCCAUGAACCUCAACAGCGUCUCCAUGGCGAGCAACAUGGCCACCAGCAGCAUGGGCCAGAUGGCCGGGCAGAUGAGCGUCACGUCCAUGGCCUCGGGGCCGUCGCCCGGCUUGCCCUCCAUGGGACAGGAACAGAAAUACUGUUGACCCCCCCGGAGACGUGCGCCUGAACCUCAGCGACGAGCCGGUGACCCGGAGCGCGUCGGCCCUUUAAACCGUCAACCAACCGACCGCUCGCCCAACCAGCCGCCGCGCCCCGACACCCCCACCCGCCUCCCACCCACUCCGCCUCCAGCUGACGGUGUUGCCCCCCCCCCCCCUGUACGGGGGAAUUGUGGAUCUCUGUCCCGAUACGUUCGAAACCCCCCCCCCCCCCCCCUUCUCGGUGGAGGAGCCGGUCGACCCGCCUGUCCAGCUGCAUUCACCGUAGUGUGACUUACUGUAAGGCCUCCUGUGUGUGGUGGAGUGUGUGUGUGUGUGUGUGGUGGAGUGUGUGUGUGUGUGUGUGUGUGUGUGUGUGUGUGUGUGUGUGUGUGUGUCUGGGGGGGGGCAGCAGCAGCAGCAGCAGUGGGUGGGGAUCCUUCUGUUCUGAUGAAUGUAUUCCUCUCAGUGGACAGCGGCCAUUUACAAUCUCAUCUCAAAGUGACGUACACUGAUCGUUUCCUCACAGUUCCACUUUGGCAGCAAAGACUCCGAACCACGGUUCCUCCAGUACGGACAGAGCUCAGACACUCAGCCGGUUUUGCCUUUUUGCUGUUCUUUAUUUUGUCGUUUGUUAUUUUUUUUUAUUUUUUUUUUUUCCUUUCCCCGUGAGAGUCGAGAUGUACAACGAAGACCUGGUGGAGGAAAAAAAAAAAAAAAAAACUGAUGUAGAAAAACACUGCAGAGGAGAACGGUUGGAGUGGAAUGGUGAAUAUCUAUGAUUAGACUAAUUUAGUCAAGAGGUUUAUAUAGUGUAUUAAAUUAAGUUUUAUUUUUCUGUAUAGAUUCAUUUUAAUUAUUGUAGAUGAUUCUUUAUCCUGGUAGCAAAGAAGAAGAAGAAGAAAAAAAGAUUUCUAAAAGUGUGAACGAGGCACUUUUCUAUCAUUUUAACAGCGAUGGUUGUUCUUUCUGGGAAGACUCUUCUAUUAACUCAAGGAAUGGAUUCUGCUUUUCGGUCCUGUAGUUUCAGAAGAUGUCAAAAAAAAAAAUAAUAAUUAUGGAUAAAAAUGAAUUGCAAGAGAUUGUAUAUACCAAUAAGUGAAAAAAAAGAAAAGUUUUCUUUCCUAUUUAUUUUAUUCCUCUGGUGGGUGUGGACUCUCCCAGCCUGCCCACAGCUGCCUCGCCAAGCAGAGCAGCGUCUUCUUUUUUUUUUUUUCUUUUGGGAGGCGGAAACGAGAAAAACCUUCACACGCCGUCGUUCUGGUACGAAGGUGGGAGGUCCGGGGUGGGGGUGCGGGGAGGGGAGGGGGGGGUGCUGUGUAUACAGUGUACAGAUUAUCGCUUGCUUCUCUGCCUUUAGCAUAGAACACAACAAGACACACACAAGGAAAAAAAAAUACAAAGGCAAAAAAAAAAAAAAAUAAGAGGAAACCCAAUCCAACACAGCCAUACA